AUGAAUAUCGAUGAAGAUAUUAAUCCAUUUGCUGAUCCAUCAAUUCAGCAAGCAACACAGCAGACAUUUACAAAUCAACAAACACUCAAUGAUUAUAAUCCAUUCGGGAAUACAACUGUUGGAUCAAAAGUACAGUUGAUUGAACCAACACAAAUAAAUGCAACACCUUCUUUGCCAGCUAGUCAACAACCGCCGGCAUAUGCAACAGCAACAAUACCUAAUACGAUUCCACAAACAACUCGUGUUGAUCUUACUCAGCUUGAACGACAACAAGCAGAACUUGAACAACGUGAAAAACGUCUUAUGGAACGUGAACGUGAAUUAAGAAAUUCACAAGUUACACGUAAAUGA